UCCAAUACUACUUAUAGUACAACACACUAAGUUCAUUUAUUCCAAAAAGAAAGUCUACAAAAGCACCAAUAGAAGUCUCUUUUCUGUUCCAACAAAAUUAAACUACCUUCCCUUCUCUUAACUUAAAAAAAGUUGCUGUCUUUUUCAUCUCUACCAUAGUUUCUUGAGUUCUUGUUGGGAAAUUCAUCUUGUCUGUUUACUAAUUUUCGCUCAACUUCCAUGUCUGUACCAUUAGAACAUGAUUAUAUAGGUUUAUCAGAAGCUUCUUUAAUGGAAAGAAGUUCUGAUAAGAUCUCUUCUUCUUCUUCUUCCUCUGUUCUCAACUUGGAGGAGACUGAGCUGAGACUUGGGUUGCCAGGUUCUGAAUCUCUUGAGGUUUCUCUUUUUGGCAAAGAUUUGGAAGAUAAAAAUUUGUGUCUUAACCCUUUAAGCAAUUUUACAUCAAGAACAAAAAGGGGGUUUUCUUAUGCCAUUGAUGCAUCUGGAAAAUGGGAUUUGUCGAUUAAUUGCAGAUCUGAAGCUAAUGGGGAAAAAGGAAACUUGUUGUUUUCCUCCAAAAGAGGGAAUGGAGGUUCAAAGCCUGUUGAAGAAAAAAAGUCCAUUCCUCACACUUCAAAGGCACAAGUGGUAGGAUGGCCACCAAUUAGAUCAUUCAGGAAAAAUACACUGGCUACUAAGAAAAAUGAUGGUGAAGGGAAAACAGGUUCAAGUUGCCUUUUUGUUAAGGUUAGCAUGGAUGGUGCUCCAUAUCUGAGAAAAGUUGAUAUCAAAACUUACAGUAACUAUGCAGAGUUCUCAUCAGCACUUGAAAAGAUGUUCAGCUGCUUUAGUAUUGGUCAGUGCGCCAGUGAUAGACUUCCAGGGCGAGAGGAACUCAGUGAAAGUCACUUGAUGGAUCUUCUCAAUGGUUCUGAGUAUGUGCUGACUUAUGAAGACAAGGAUGGUGACUGGAUGCUCGUCGGUGAUGUUCCUUGGGAGAUGUUCAUAGACUCAUGCAAGAGAUUGCGGAUCAUGAAAAGCUCAGAGGCAAUUGGGCUAGCUCCAAGGACCAUGAACAAGUGCAAGAACCAAGAUUAGUGACUGAAAGACUAAUCGACCAAGGGUUUCUACAUCGACAACCAUCUUUUUUCUGCCCUAUUUGUAUCUGGAAUUAGACUAGACGUGUAGCAUUCCCUGAAAGGGAGAGAGCUGGUUCAAGAGAUAUAACCAGUGAUAAAUUGUAUUGUGGCUAGUGUCUUUUGAGUGGCAAUUUUUGCUUGCGCAUGCAACCUGCAAUUUUAUUUGCAGACAAAAGUUCAUUUUUUAGCAUGUAACCAACUAUUAUUCUGAUGAAAAUAAUAACAUCGAAGUUCUAACCAACCAAUUAAUAGUGUAA